AUGGCCACCAAAAAAUCAGGAAGCAUCCAACAAUUGUUGCAGGCCGAACAAGAAGCCACUGAAAUUGUGAAAGAAGCAAAGAAGCAGAGAUUACUUAAAUUGAAGGAAGCUAAGGAUGAAGCAGAGAAGGAACUCCAAAAAUUCAGACAAGAUAAAGAAAAGUACUUCCAAAAGUUCGUGAAGGAACAAAUUGAAGUAGGUGGAUCCAACACUGCUCUCCAACAAAAAAAGAAUCAAAUUAUUAACAACAUCCAACAAAACACACAAAUGAAAAAGUCAGCAGUUGUGGGAUUCCUUGUUGAUAAUGUGAUUGGAAAUAUUAAUGUAGAUUUAGAAAAGGAACAAAAGGCCUUCAUUGAGAAGAGAUCAAAGUAA